AUGCAGAAUCCACCAAGGAUCGUGUACGUCAAGCAGACUGAUUUGCCCUUUCCACCUCCCGGCUAUCAACAGCCAGCCCCAGUUGGAGACGAGAUCGGAGAUGACCCCGAAAAGGUCAUCGACGCGAGCGUCAACGCAACAGGUGACACGUUUUUCCAACUUCGUUGGUCAUCUGGCGAUCUCACAUGGCAGUCGAGUGAAGACAUGAUCGGACUCGAGACUUUGGUUCGUGAUUACUACGAAGAGCAUCAUCCGGAGCUUCCCGUGCCUGAAGAAUUUCGCAAAGGUGAUGAUGAAGUAGACGACAUCCUUGAAGAGACGCAAGCCAAUGCUCGACUUGCCAUCACCCACGUAGGGGUGAGGGAAGAUGACCCACAGUACUAUGACUCAGAUAACGAGUCCGAUCUGGGUGCUGUGGAACCAUCGGAGGCUCCUGGAUCGGAGCCCGACGACGAGGCAGAUCCAUCAACCCAGGUUACGGCGUAUCCGAAGAUGAAAGACCUUGACAAGUUCAACGCGGACACCACUGGAUCUCAUCCUCUACCUUCUGUCACGCGAGAAGAGCUCGCUUCCACAGCCAGCUUUGUCUUCUGUGAGGAGCUACAUCAGCAGACUGGCACUUACGCUCUUUGUCAUCACACGAUUGCCGGUUUGACGGAUUGUCUGUCUAGGCUGAACAACACAGAGAUCCUGCAGCAAGUCAAUCGACAAAGGACUGGUCAUGCUGUGAAGGGUCUUAUCAUCACAUUGUGGCUCAUCGUCUACCUCAAAGCUCACAGCAACGUGGCUGUUACACCUUACGUUCAUGUCGGCAAAAAGUGCGGGACCCUCAGGCGCGCAGCCAUAGAUCUGGCUCAUGAUACAGAGCAAGGAAAUCCUAGCAAGAGGAUGCUGGAACUUACCUUAGUCUACUGGGAACGCCGAAUACGGGACGCUUAUGCUCCUGGCCAAGCAUUUGGAUAUGUCGAUUGGAGCCUGAUUGCAUGGUGGAACGAAAUCCCUAACCUCCCGAUGUUGUUCCAGGAUCACCAUAAUGAGCUUCAGGAAAAGCUCAUGCAUCUAUGGAAGGCUGAGGGUCUCACCGAAAUGACGGAGUAUUGUCUUCGACUGGACUUGAAGGCUGGUCGGUUACCGCUAGCACGAGAGGAGAAGCUCCGGCAAACGGUAAUUAGGAGUCGUCGAAUGCUAGGGUCCAUGGAUCCCCUCCUAUUGGAAGCUUGUAUAUGCGGGAACGUGGCAUCAUUGGCGGAGAACCAAGGUAGCAUCGUGCAGAAGGAACUGCGAUCCAUAGCCGCCAGGGACGAACUCACGCCUGGCACUUAUGCAAAUUUCUUCACAGAUCAUUCGGGCACGGCUCUGACCCCGGCACAAUUGCGUGUCGUCAUGAUGAGCAUGAGACGUUACUUGAACUUAUCGGCUUCCACCCCCGAUCUCGUGUGGAUCUGGAGGAUUGAUUGUCUCCAUUUCCCGAAGAAAGACUGGCUACAACAUCACGUGCAUCAAGGCUUACGCCGGUAUACGGACUGGAAAUCACGAGACCCCAAACACCCCGAUAGACAUUUCAAGCUUGACGAGAAAAGGAGGGAGGUCCUGUUUCAUUUCAUAAGGGAAGUGGAGACGAUGAUUGCCGUGUCCGAGGCUGCUGGACGACUGCAUGUUCCAUGUGCGAGACCUCUCACCGAGGUAGGCUACGCCAAACGUCCCAGUCACAGACUAAAGAAUCAUCAUGCAAAGCAUGUACAGUCCAAUUACAUCAUGAACCUGUUCCAUGCUCUCAUGAUGGACUCAUUCGGUAGAGACUUCAGAAUCCAACAAGUCAUCCUCUAUUCCUGUUGGAGACCCGGUCAAGCCUGGCUGAGCGAGGUUAUCCUGACCAGAAUGCUUCAGGCAUACACAGAUGGAGGCAAGGGACUAAGUCACUACCAGGCUGGUCUUUCAAAUUGGUCGGCCACCCGCUAUGUCGAUGACGAAGUAUGGUACAGAAUCGUAGAGGAAGCUGAUGUCGCCGACCGUUUGGACCAGAGUUACAACGUGGAAGUUGAAGAACAAAAGCAGCGUAUAGAGACCUUGGAACAGCGGAAUGCCAGGUCAAGAGCAUUGUAUGGUCCCGUUCCGUAUCUCAUUCAAGGGGAGAACGGUAAAGCUUUGGUCAGGAGUGAAGAGGAAGGACAGGAGUGA